UCAUAGUUUGCCGCGGUCCCCUCGCCCUCUUCCUUUCCCUUACACCCUCUUGUUGCCCCUUCCCGCUGUUCGUCGCCUACGAAAUGCAUAAGUUAUUGAUCCCCCUCGCUGCCGCUGCCGCCAGCCUCGUCGCCGCGGCGUGGAGUGAGCAGACGCCCCUAGUCGUGGAUGACGACGUCAAGGUGCCCGUCGAGCUUGGUGUAAUGUCAAAGUGCCCGGACGCGCUCGCCUGCGAGAGCAUCUUUGACCAGGUCAUCCCGAAGGUGGGGACGAAGAUGGACCUAGAGCUGCUCUACAUCGGACAGAUAGACGACUCUGACGAGGAGUUUGGUGUGACCUGCAAGCACGGCCCUGAGGAAUGCGCGGGCAAUGUCCAGCAGCUUUGCGUGAAGAAGUACGCGCCAGACCAGUGGUGGAGCUUCGUGCACUGCCAGGACUACCAGGGCAAGGCCAAGAUUGGCCAGCCCGACAUCGCGCUCAAGUGCGCGAAGAUCGCCAAGAUCGACUGGGAGGAGAGCGGCGUGGGCGAGUGCGCCGGCCUCGACGGCAGCGGCAGGGGCCAGGAGGGCGUUGAGCUGCUGAAGGAGAGCGUUAAGGUGUCUAAGACGCUUGGCAUCGAGAAGAGCUGCACCGUCAGGAUCAAUGGAGAGGCCGUCUGCAUCCGUGACGGCACCUGGAAGGAGUGCGAGAACGGUCAUAGCGUCAACGACUUUGUGCGCCAGAUCAACAGCGCCUACGACCAGCUCAACCGGCUUGCCUAAAUUCCCGGCGUGACGAUACCCACCACUGACUAGCCUCUUGAUGCCCACAUGCCUACGACUACUGCCUCUUAUCCCACUCCGGGACGAUGGAUCACGGAAUGCCUCUGACGAAAACACACGCGGCCUACACCUUGUACACUACCACCCCAUUUCUACGCCUGCCUAUACACGCCGCAUGAUACCUCUACUCUUGUUUGUUGUUCCACGAUGUUGACCUUUGUUACAGU